AUACAAAAAGCACUUGGAAAUUUUCAAUUCUUUUGAAGUGAAAAGCUCCGGAAGAAGGGCGGGAAGAGACGAAUCCAAGCUUGGCAACACCACCGAUUAAUCGUUCUGGUAAUACGAUUAUGAUCACAGUUAUAGAUGAAAGUGAUGAAAUACCCAUGGAUUUGCUAGAGACUCUCUUAAAUUCUGUCAAAAAGGAAAGCCGGGAUGUCUCACCAGCGGCUUCCACGCUUGUGGAGAAGGUUCUCAGUAGUUGUGCCCGUAAGCUUCAGCCUUGCAUCAUCGAAGCUUUGAAGUCCACAGGGACCAGCUUGGACAUGUAUUCUCCAGUAGUUUCAUCAAUAUGCCAAAGCGAAUCUGCCAUUACUCAAGGGCACAGUGAUGUUAAGGCCAAAGAAAAUGAGGCAGAUGAAAAGAUGUCAGAAGAACAAGUAGUUCUUAGAGCUCUGCAAGAUUGAUUCUUAGGGAAAUGCCAGGAAGGUUGUUAGAUGCUCAUGUCUUGUUUUAUUUACCUUUGCAAGAUUGAUUCUGAGGGAAACGCUAGUCUUUUUCAUCAAGAUGCCAGGAAGGUUGUUGGAUGCUCAUGUCAAGGACUACUGCUCUCAAUAUCGUCAAGAAGCAUAUUGAAUCUCAAUAAAUUUCAUGAAGCUUCUCUAAACUCGAAUUUACCAGAUGUUUUUUUAUCCCAAAUGCUGUUUUCUCUUGGUUUUAAUAUUUAAUAUUUUAGCGGACAGCUGUUGAGAUUUGUUUGGAACAUGGUCAAGUUUUGUUAUCCU